CGGCCGACGCGCGUCGUCCCUGAGCGGGAGGAGCGCGGCCUGCGGGGCUGGCGCCUCCCCUCGCCGCCCGCCGGCGUCCUCGCCCCUCAGCCGCGCUCAGAGCCGGCGCGGCCGCACGACCGCCCGCGAGCCGGCGGGGCCGCUCGGGGAUCGGGCCGGACCGAGUGCCUGCGCGCUCCGCGGCUACGAGCGGCCCCGCUGCUGCGCGCGUAGAGCCCGGGCCGGCCGCCGAGGGGCCGGGCGCUCUGCCACUUGUGGGUCCCCUGCGAGUCGCCCUCGCGCGCCGCUCUUCGCCGUGCUCAGCCCGGCGGGCCACAGCCUUCUUGCGGCCCGUGCGCUUGUCAUUUUGUGGCGCCGGGAAGCAGGAAGUUGGACGCCAUCAGCGGUGCGCCCGGGAGCCCUAAAGGCGGACCCAGAGCCUCCCCAGCGACCUGCGGAAGGUGACCUGGAGGCGGAUUCCAAGCCGCCUUUUCUGCGGAGGCUGGAGGGCGCUCAGCUGUCGCCUUACCACCGUCGCUUGAGUCCCUGAUCAAAAUGGGUCCGAGAAGGGAAGUGCAGCCUCUUCCUCUGAAGACACAAAGCUCUGAAGAGCCCCUAGAAAUGGAUUGUUCAUCUGUAAAAUGGAGACAUAACCUUGAGAUUUAGCUCAAGGUCAGCAGUGGCCUGGGCCUUCUGAAGUCUGAUGUUCUGGAACUCCAGUGCCCAUUGGUGUGGACAGAGGACACGGGGCCCCGACCAUGGUCACACUCAUCACUGAGAAGCUGCAGAACCAGAGUCUGGACGAUCUCGCCCGCAAGACCUGUGAGGCUGGUUUGCAUUCUGCUGAGAAACUGAACACAAAUGGCUGUCUGUUCCCUUUGGAGAUCAGUGUAGACAAGAGCCCCUGGAAGGUCCUAAGUGGAGGACGGCCUCUCAGAAGCCAGGUGGCUGUGGGCCCCGAUUUCCCCUUCCCGCCAGGCCCAUCUAGCGUGGUUCACACUACAGGCCUCCAGUGGCGGCCAGAGUCUCCUGUCCCAUGCACAAGCCUGGGUGUGGACAGUGCCUCAGACCUCAAUGAGAACACAGGACCACCUGCGGCACCGCCCUCCAAGCGACACUGCCGGUCCCUGUCAGAGCCGGAGGAGCUGGCACGCUGCCAGUCCCCGUGGCGCCCUGGCGGCUUCAAGGUCUGGACUCCGGUCUCCAAGAGGCGGUGCAACAGUGGCGGGAGUGCCACACUGCAACGUUGCAGUGGUCUUGGGAGCACUGGCCUGCCGAGCAGUGCCGCGUCACUGCCUGGCCUCACUUUGCCCCUGGCACCCCGGCCGUCCUCAGCCAUCAGCGGCUUUCUGGACAGCAGUGAGGGCAGCACCAGCUCUGGCCGGCCUUGGCACCCCAAGGGGCCCUGCUUGCGCUCCUCGAGGCGCCGUCUGUCCCUGUCGCAGGAGCACCUUGCAGACACCGGCACCCCCCUGCCCUCAGCCAGCAGUACUCCCUCGUCCACGCCUGAGCUGGGCCGGCGCCACGGCCUGCUCCGGUGCCGCUCACAGCCCUGCGUGCUCAACGGGAAGAGGAGCCGGCGCAAGCGGCGGCGCGAGGAGGACACCAGGUGGACGCGCCCGUGCUUGGACUUCCUGAAGAUGACGCGGUGCUACAGUUGUGCACAGCAUGUGAUGCCAGGCUCUGCAGGGACCAGGGGACAGGAGCAGAGGAGGGAGGCCACCAGUGGAAGACCCACUGGUUCAGCGCUUACGGGGCCUGGAACAGCACGUGCCAGAGAGGUGUUAAUGACAUUAAAAAAUUCAAAAAGCCUUUGCUCCCUCGAUCAUGAAGAUGAUGAGGAUGACACCCAAGUGAAGACGGUUGUGUCCUCCCCAUGUGACUCACGGGAUCUCCUGGGCAUCGUCAUGCCAGGCUCUAGCCCAUGGGCCUCGAGGGAGCGGGCAGCCAGCGACGGCAGGGGCGGGAGCAGCAGGGACCCCAGUGACUGGGACAGCGCUGGGGAGGAGGGCGUCUUCCCUCUGGACCACAGCGAGCUGGACCUCGAGCAGAUCGAGAACAACUGACCUGGCCGGCACCUCUGGCCUGCUCUCAGUGCGGACAGAAAACAGGUCACAUGCUGUUUUGAACACUGAGGCAUAAUUUUGAUUCAGUUUUUCCUAAAGAUGUAUUUUGCAUUUUUAUGGCUUUUACAGUUCUGGAGAAAGCGUCUCUAUUUUGAAAUGAAUUUUCAGAAGGGCAUUCUAUUAAACGUGAGUCUAUCUGCAGACUCCAGGGGGGUUUAUGCUCCUUUUGUGAAGAGCCUACUGUGAAGAGCACGUACUGUGGCUUAGUGCCCAGAGGCUGCGUCCCCUCCGUCCAGGGGGUGUCGUGGGUGCUUGGGGCCUGUGUGUGGGCAUUUUGUGCCCUUGGACUUUGUCAUCCGUGUGCUGGUGAACCACCAGCUUGCGACCACGUGGUUUUCCAGCACCCGGCAGUGCCGCUGUUUGGGUCAGGGCCGAGUGCGUGCUUCCUAUGGCCACAGAGGGCCUUUGCAUCUCAGGUGGGGCGUGAAGGCCACUGGUGGCAGUACCUGGUUGUCAGUUCAAUAAAAGGCCUUUGCUUUGCA